AUGUUUACAAAUCUGGUCCAGCACCCCAAGCAUUCUGUCGCCACUCAAGACGCAUGCUGGUAUAUCAGAAGGCAGUUGAAAACCUCGUCAUUGCCAAAUCUGCGGCUCUGCUUCCAAACAAGAUGUACCUGGGUACCGCUCCUCACAUCCCCGCAAGGAGGAUCAAAAGUCUCAAGUACUUGCCAUCUCGAUUGUUACGCAAUUCCUUCUCCAGGUAUGGCGCUUACUAGAUUCGUCUUGCAGCGUGUUUCCGAGAUCUGGCUCAUGGUCUGGCUAAGCUUCGCAGCUCAGACGAAGGUAGUUCCAGCUUCGGAGGUCGUGUCGUGGGCAUCGCUGCAUGCCAAUUCGAGACUCUCGGGCUUUCAUUUUGUUUUUCGGUAUGCGAUUCAUCCGUGA